AUGUCUAUCUUCCUAUGUUUUCUCUUCCUUUUCCCUCUCCUUUUGAUCAUCUUGAGCAAGCUUUUACCUUCCAAAAAGAAGCUUCCUCCGGGACCUACAGGUCUUCCGAUCAUAGGAAACUUGCACCAGCUUGGAAGAUCGCUUCACAGUGUUUUUCACAAGCUCUCUUUAGAACAUGGACCAGUGAUGCUUCUCCGUUUCGGGGUCGUCCCUAUGGCCGUGUUCUCUUCCAAGGAAGCAGCUAAAGAAGUUCUCAAAACACAUGACCUAGAGACUUGCACCAGACCUAAGCUGGUCGCAAAUGGGUUGUUUUCUCGCAACUUCAAAGACAUUGGUUUCACACAGUAUGGUGAAGACUGGCGAGAGAUGAAAAAGCUUGUGGGGCUAGAGCUCUUUAGUCCGAAAAAGCAUAAGUCUUUCAGGUCUAUCAGAGAGGACGAAGGUGACUUGCUGGUCAAGAAAAUAUCAAAAUCCGCUCAAACACAAACCCUAAUAGAUUUGAGGAAAUCCUUUUUCUCCUUCACCGCCGGUACCAUAUUUAGAAUAGCCUUUGGACAAAACUUCCGCGAGUACAGUUUCAUCGAUAUGGAAAAACUUGAAGAGCUGGUGCUAGAGGCAGAAACCAACGUAUGCAUCUUGGCACUCACUGACUUCUUACCUACGGGUUUUGGUUGGCUUGUAGAUCGGAUCUCCGGUCGGCAUUCGAGGAUGAACAAUGCCUUUUCCAAACUCACCAAUUUCUUUCAACAUGUGAUUGAUGAGCAACUAAAGAUUGGAAAACUCCAAGAUAAUUCCAACCUCGUCAGUGCCAUGUUGGAUAUGAUCAAUAUACCCACUAAUCUCACUUCUUUCAAGAUCACUUCCGAUCAUCUCAUAGCAAUGAUGUCGGAUGUAGUUUUGGCAGGAGUGAACGCGGGAACAGUCACGAUGAUAUGGUUGAUGGCAGAACUAGCCAGACAUCCAAGGGUGAUGCAAAAGCUCCAAGAAGAGAUUCGAGCAACACUCGGAUCCAACAAAGAGAGAAUCACAGAAGAAGAUCUACAAAAGGUCGAGUACCUGAAUCUGGUGAUCAAAGAAACAUUCAUAUUACAUCCAUCAUCUCCUCUCUUGCUCCCAAGAGAAACAAUGUCUGGCAUCGAGAUUCAAGGCUACCACAUUCCCAAGAACACACAUAUCAAGAUCAACACUUACACGAUAGGACGUGAUCCAAAAGUUUGGACUAACCCUGACGAAUUCUAUCCUGAGAGGUUUUCCAAUUCCUCUAUCAGCUACAAAGGUCAGCAUUACGAGUUCUUGCCCUUUGGAGCAGGCCGAAGAAGCUGUCCCGGUAUGAACUUGGGAAUCACCAUACUUGAGCUAGGCCUUCUUAACGUUCUUUACUUCUUCGAUUGGAGUUUGCCUAAUGGAAAUUAA